UAAAGCACCCAGUUUCCCAGAGGAAAGAGCCUGAGGACCAGGUUUGUUUUCCCCCACACAUGCUAACUUCCAGGCUGAAAUCCUUUUUUAUAUUUUUCAGAUACAGUAAUUAGAUUGAUCAACCAAGUUCACAAGUUGAUCAUCAUGUAAAAACAUCAGGCAGCUUAGUAAAACACAAACGAACAUACUCAGGAAGUGAGUGUCAUGUUUGUAAGAAGCGAUUCAUACGGCCAAGCAAUUCAGCCACACAUAUGAGAAGUCACAGCGGAGACAAACCUUUUGCAUGCGAUGUUUGUAACAGGAGAUUUGCACACUCGGGCAGCUUGGUGAAACAUACAAGAACGCACACUGUACAAAAACCUUAUGAAUGUGAUGUUUGCAAGAAGAAAUUUGGACAGUCGAGCAGCUUGGUGAGACAUAAAAGAACGCACACCGGAGACAAACCUUAUGAAUGUGAUGUUUGUAAGAGGAGAUUUAGAGAGUUUGGUACCUUGGUGAGACAUAAAAGAACGCACACCAGAGAUAAACCUUAUGCAUGCGAUGUCUGUAAAAAGAGAUUUGCAUACUCCGGCAGCUUGGUGACACAUAAAAGAACGCACACUGGACAAAAAUCUUAUGAAUGUGAUAUUUGUAAGAAGAGAUUCGGACACUCAAACAACCUGGUGAGCCAUAAAAGAACGCACACCGGAGACAAACCUUAUGAAUGUGAUGUUUGUAAGAGGAGAUUUACACAGCUAAGCAACUUGGUAGAACAUAAAAGAACGCACAGCGGAGACAAGCCGUAUGAAUGUGAAGUGUGUAAGAAGAGAUUUACAAAGUCAGGCAACUUGAUGCGACACAAAAGAAGGCACACUGAAGAAAAGCCUUACGAAUGUGAAGUUUGCAAGAAAAGAUUUACAAGAAAAUUCUCUCUUACUCACCACAAAAAGCAACAUUUGUUGUGCAACACUUGCAGCAGAGAGAUUGUUGAACCGCAAGAUUUGGAUAAACAUUUUUUGGUGUUUAAACACGACGGACGAUAUAUGUGCAGUAAAUGUGAUAAACAACAUAUUAGUUUCAUGAAAUCAGUACAACAUAUAGCAAGCCAACAUGCCAACGAUGGAAACUAUCAAUGUGGUUUAUGUCAGGAACUGGAAUCAGCAGAACCAAGUUGUGUUGGAUAUGUUUGUUGUGUUUGCGAUGUUGUGUUUGAUGUCCCCAGACUACUUGAAGAUCACAUGGCCAAUCAUGACACGAAGUGGUCCUAUUACUAAAUUUUAUUUUGUAUUUUGUUUUAAGGAAUACGUUGUUUGUUUCUGUAUGAUGCGUGUUACUGUUGGUUGAUAUAUACUUCAAAAACGUAUUAAUAAUUCAUGAGGAAAACACAAACAAAAAUCCAAAGCGUGCCGUAUCUUUAUAAUUAUGUGAUAGAGAUUUCCCUUGAUUGACAUAAAUUUUAAAUAAUUAAUAUUGAAGCAAUUUGAAACAUUCGCAGUGCGUGUUCGAUCCGACCUAAAGGAUAUUCGGCUUCGCCUCGUAUCGUUAUAUCUGAUAAAACACUGCUGCUCAUGUUUUAUAUAAACAGUACAUAUUGCGUAAUAUUUUUCUAUUUCUUUUAAUGCAAUGUUUAUUCAGUGAAAAUGUAAUUCUUUCCGCUGAGGAUUUGAGAGUAUCUUUUAACAGAAGUCCGGGCUAUGAUUUUUCGUUGGUUCGAUGCAUCCAGCAUAGUUCGAUGCAUCCAGCAAUUGUUUGUGUGAUGUUACUCUGAGUGUAUAUCCACACCGGGUAAGCUUGAAAAAUAUGCCUGGCCACGGCGAGAUUCGAACCUACGACCUUUGGAAUACUAGCCCAAUGCUCUUUCAACUGAGCU